AUUGUUGUUUUCUUUUUCUCUAGUAUAGGACAACCGAGAAAGUCCUUAACAUAAAUCAAUCUUUACAAGAAAAGGAAGUACUGAAUUCGAAGAAAAUAUAAGCAUCAACGUGUAUAUAAGUAACAAUCACAGGUUCCAUUCUCCAAGAGAAGAGGCAAAAAUACAAAGCUAGAACACAAAAGCAAAAGAGAAAGAAAGGUGCAAAUGUCGAUAGAUCAAAAAGUUGCACAAGUUGAAGGUGUCUAUGAAGAAUUUGAACCACCCUCUGAUUGGGAUCAUGAAGAAGGAAGUGACACGCUAAUUCUUAUGCUUCCAGGAUUUAAGAAGGAGCAACUGAGGGUUCAAGUAUCCUCAAACCGUGUUCUAAGGUUGAGUGGAGAAAGACAAAUAAGUGAGAACAAAUGGCGUCAGUUCCGCAAAGAAAUACCCGUUCCUUCUGAUUCAGACACCAAUGGAAUCAGUGCAAAGUUUGAAGCCGGAAUGCUUUAUGUGAGGCUUCCCAAAGUGAUCAACAAGGUGCAAACUCCUACAAUAACUCCAACACCACCAACACAAGAAGCUCCAAAGCCUCAGCAACCAACAACAGCAACAACAACAACAAAGAAACCAACACAAGAAGCUCCAAAGCCUCAGCAACCAACAACAACAACAACAACAACAACAACAAAGAAACCAACACAAGAAGCUCCAAAGCCUCGGCAACCAAAGCCAACAACAACAACUGAGAAACCUACACACGAAGCUCCAAAGCCUCAGCUACCAAAACCAACAACAGCUGAGAAACCAACACAAGAGGUUCUAAAGCCUCAGCAACCUAAACCUGUUGAGAAGCCAACACAAGAGGCUCUGAAGUCUCAACAACCAAAAGCAACAGAAAAACCAAAUUUUCAUGACAAUGCUGCAGAAACCAAGGCUCAAAAGACUCAUCAUGAGGCAGCAACACCACCACUUCAGGAACUAAAGGCAGAGGAAAAAGACACUCAAAAGAAGCCUCAGAAAGAGAAGGGUAAGGAAAAAACUGAUGAUGAUGUCAAUAACAAAGUUUCCGAGGAGAGAGCAGCAGAAGGUGAAAUAGCCUCUAAAGGUAAGAAAAAUCACGGAGCUAGUGCAACUAAAAGGACACUCACCAUAGACAUGCUUUCAAUUCAGAGGCAAGAAUACAUGAAUGCCCUUUCUGAUUUGAUGGAAGAGGUUAAGAAGCAAAAGAAAUUGGCCAACUUUCUGGUUGUAACCUUUUUUGUAUUGCUGCUUGGGAUCUAUAUUAAGUAUGCAGUACUCAAGUCAUAGAAGAGUUGUGAUUGGUUUCCUCUUGUUGUCAUGUUAAUAUGAGAUAAGAUUUGUAAUGUCUGUGUAAAUGCAUAAAUUCACAGAACAAUAAUAAAGUGUUCGAGAGAAAUUUAAUUACUAGAAA